GAGCUGCCACCGCGCCCGCCCCGCCUCGCCGCGCCGCGCCGCGCCUACUGCUCCGAGCGCCGCCUCCCCAGCCGGCGCCGCCGCGAUGGCGGAGGACAGCGAGUCUGCGGCCAGCCAGCAGAGCCUGGAGCUGGAUGACCAGGACACGUGCGGGAUAGACGGGGACAAUGAAGAGGAGACAGAACAUACCAAAGGAAGUCCUGGAGGGGAUGUGGGAGCCAAAAAGAAAAAGAAGAAACAGAAGAGAAAAAAGGAGAAGCCAAAUUCUGGAGGCACCAAGUCAGACUCUGCAUCUGAUUCCCAGGAGAUUAAAAUUCACCAGCCUUCGAAAAACCCUGCCAUCCCCAUGCAGAAGCUGCAGGACAUCCAGAGAGCGAUGGAGCUUCUGUCUGCAUGCCAGGGCCCAGCCAGGAACAUUGAUGAGGCUGCCAAGCGCAGAUACCAGUUCUGGGACACACAACCAGUACCCAAACUGAAUGAAGUCAUAACGUCGCAUGGUGCCAUCGAGCCAGACAAAGACCAUGUCCGUCAGGAGCCGUAUUCUUUGCCCCAGGGGUUUAUGUGGGACACCUUAGACUUGAGUAAUGCCGAGGUGCUCAAGGAGUUAUACACGCUGCUGAAUGAGAACUACGUGGAGGAUGACGACAACAUGUUCCGCUUUGACUAUUCGCCAGAGUUCCUGCUGUGGGCUCUGCGUCCCCCAGGCUGGCUCCUGCAGUGGCACUGUGGGGUCCGAGUGUCUUCAAAUAAAAAACUAGUAGGGUUCAUCAGUGCCAUCCCAGCAAACAUUCGGAUUUAUGACAGUGUGAAGAGGAUGGUAGAAAUCAACUUUCUUUGUGUUCAUAAGAAAUUGAGGUCAAAACGGGUAGCCCCAGUGUUAAUUCGAGAAAUAACCAGGAGAGUGAACCUGGAAGGGAUCUUUCAGGCUGUGUACACCGCUGGCGUGGUUCUGCCUAAGCCAGUGGCCACAUGCAGAUACUGGCAUCGAUCCCUCAAUCCCAGAAAGUUGGUAGAAGUGAAAUUUUCUCACCUGAGUAGAAAUAUGACAUUACAGAGAACAAUGAAGCUUUACAGACUCCCGGAUGUUACAAAGACUUCUGGUUUGAGACCAAUGGAACCAAAAGAUAUCAAAGCAGUUCAAGAAUUAAUCAACAGUUACCUGAAACAGUUUCAUCUAGCUCCUGUGAUGGAUGAAGAGGAAGUAGCCCACUGGUUCCUGCCGCAGGAGCACAUAAUCGACACGUUUGUAGUGGAGAGCUCCAGUGGGAAACUGACUGACUUCCUGAGCUUCUACACGUUGCCCUCUACGGUCAUGCACCACCCUGCUCAUAAGAGCCUCAAAGCUGCCUACUCCUUCUACAACAUUCACACCGAGACACCCCUGCUGGACCUCAUGAAUGACGCACUCAUCAUAGCUAAGUUGAAAGGAUUUGAUGUCUUCAAUGCACUAGAUUUGAUGGAAAAUAAGACCUUCUUGGAAAAACUCAAGUUUGGUAUAGGAGAUGGAAAUUUACAGUAUUAUUUGUACAACUGGAGGUGUCCAGGAACAGAAUCUGAAAAGGUUGGACUUGUACUACAGUAGAUGGAUAUGUUGAUUUAUAGGACCGUGACAUCCUCAUUUGUUAAUAUUCUAUUUAAUGAUUCCUGGAACUGCCAUUCCAAAGAAGAAUAAAAGCACAAUAAUGAAGGCUCCAUUUGGAAAAUUCUUAUAUGAUGCCACUGGGAACACUUAUGGACUGACAGAUGGUGAAUAUUUAAGUAUGGAGCAAUAUGAAAAUGUACCAGUGACUAGUACGUUUAUUACUCCAUAAGCAAAAUUGCCAAAUCAAUAAAGAGCAGAUGUGUACCUUGAUCUUCAGCUGGCUGGUGGAUUGUUUCAAAAGCAAAGUUUUGAGCAAACAUGAAGUGUGACACCUGUGACUGAUCAAACUUUUCCACUGCUGUACAAUCUCCAGUUUCUUCUAGCAACAUCAAGAUAGGAGGAAAAGGAAACAAAAGCUCUAACAUUAAAAUAAAUGCCUAGUGGAAUUUAUUAUUGCU